CCGCCAUUGAUUAAACCUGUCAGAGAAUCAGCUGAUCGGUUAUUCACGUACGUGAGAUCAGCUGUGCGCAAUCAUGGACGCGUUGAGCAAAGAGGAUUUUGUAAUACCUCCAGCUAAAUACGAAUAUUGCACGCAUGGGGUGAUACUAUGGAAGAAGCUUUCGAACAAUGUGCAUUGGCCAUGUUUGGGUACAUGACAGAUUUAGAGCGUGUUCAAAUGACACAAUUGCACCACAUAGAAGCGGAAGGACACGACUUGGAAAGUCUUCUUUUCCAUUUCCUCGAUGAGUUAUUAUUCAUGUUUAGCGCCGAACCGUAUAUCGUUGCAAAGAAAGUGAAGAUCACUAAUUUCGACCGCGAGAACUUCAAGAUCUCUGCGAUGGCGUUAGGGGAAGAGUUCACGAUUGGCAAACACACACAAAAUGCUGAAGUGAAAGCGAUCACGUACUCAGCGAUGCAGAUCCUCGAUUGUCCUGAAUCGGAACGUCCUGAACUUUUCGUGAUCGUAGACAUAUAGUUAUUUCGGGCCCAAUCCUGUACCUCUCGUUUGAUUUUUUGGCGCCCCACGCUUAAAACACGAAAAUGGAAAGGCACAUAAGAAUAUAGGAGCAAGAAGGGAGGUACGUACCCUCUCUUAUGUUCUUCGUAGGGUACGAUCCUUUUGUAGUUGCAUAGGGUUCAAAUAAAUACGUUACGAAGAAAACACCGGGCUCCCUUCUUGGCUACCUGCUUCAGGUACGUACAAAUGCGUCAAGGGAUCCUGCUCUGUUAUUAAAGAUACCGAUAUUAAUCAAGAACGAUUUCAUAUCACCAUAAAUAUAUAACUGUAUACAAUUUACUUGAGUAACAUAAACAUUAAACGUCUCUAAUUUGUUUAUAUAUUGUGUUUGUUCUGCUAACAGUUGUUCGAUUAUUGUCGAAACCUGUUAACUGUUGACUUUUAAAUGCGAGAGAGAUAUGACAAGUAUCGUAUACGAAUGUUUGUAUAUUUUUAUAAAUGUAUAAUAAAGAUAUUUUUUUAUGUUUCGUGUUAGCGAAAAUUCGUUGCGAAAAAUAUAGAAAGAUUAACUCAUGAAUUGUAAUGAAAUUGUAAUUGAAAGAAAAUACGAAUGUGAGUAAUCGAUUGAUGUUGAGAACUGCGAAAACCCGUGCAGAAAAAUGCGAAAGAAAAUCAAGCAUACUUUUGCACGUGCAAAACGGUACGGCCCUGGCAUCCAACACCCCUCCAUCGUGAAGGAAGCGACGACCGCCCGCUUAGUUUCGGGCAAGAAACGACAGGGAGUGGGAUCCUCCCAAUCUUCAGAAGUGUGUGUGCUCGAGAAAAGAGAAUCAAAGAGUUUCAAAAAUUACAUAAUACGGGUGUGUGUUAAUCGUUCGUUUAAUUCUUGCCCCCUUUUCUUCGUGAUAAGGCCCAUGUUAAAGGGACUCACUGCCAACAUCAAGCGUGGUCGGUUUCGAAAGCGCACACCCCUGACCAUGGCGGACUGGGACAGUAAUAAUCUGUAAGGACGAUAUAUCGUGACAUUUUAAGCUGUCAAAUACAAAUAACCGAUACAUCAAACUCGAACGUGUUCCGAGAAAGUCGCGACAUAGGGAUUUUUCACCUACAUGCCGGAGCUUGCGUGGCAGUUUCGUGGAAAACAGGAGGGACAGUUUUGGCGCGUAUGUUCUUUAUCUCCGUGAAAAGCUCGUGCAAUUCGUGAAUUUCUGAUCUUCCACGGUCUGUUUCUCGAUCAACAUUGGUAACAUUCUGUAACGGAAAAGCGUGACAUCAUGUACCUAUCGUGGAACAUCAAACUUUAACGAAUAUAAACAAACGUUAUCGCGAAUGCCUGGAUGAUCAUGGCAGUAUGAACAGUCCCAAGAGACAGAUAAAAACGAGUGAAUCAGUGUAAAUUCUGUGAAGAAUUGAGAAAAGGUGUCACGAUCUAGGAACUUUUUUGGAUAUCUGCUAUUGCUGGCGGCGCGGUAGUUACGGACGGAAAAAAGCGAAGUGACGGUUUUGGCGCGCGUAUUUGACUCCUGUGUGCGACCAGCAGAUGGCCGGUGCGCCGGUACGUUAUAGGCGCGCGUCCACGAACGCACCGACACAUGACAGGCGCCUAAGCACGUACGAACACCAUGACAGGGACACGUUCAAGAACAUAUUGAGUCAGUAGUGGAAGGCCACUACCACGUUAAUACGCGUAUUGGUGAGAGCGCAGUAGAGCGCACGGACACGAGGUUCGGUAUUACUACUACCGGUACAGACGGGUCUAUCUGCCUCGUAGCCCGAGCCAGUUGCCAGCGCGCCAGCCAGCCCCGUUCAUCCAAUCGCCCAGCUCACGAGCCGGCCUCGUGUGUGCGCGCGACACCCCGACGGAAAAGGUUCGUUUUCUCGUCGGUGGCUCGACUGAUCAUGUCGAGGCGGGGCAUAUCGUGAACUUUAGAGCCAGUACAUUUCUUGGAAGUUGAAAACACAGCGAACGCACGUACAGUUUCGGCCCUUUACGCGCGAUUAUUUCGAGUCCCCCAGUCUGCUGCUGCUGGUGCUUGGGCUGUCGUCCCAUUGCCGAGAUCGGCCCUGCAGAAAAUGGAUACCGCACCAGUGCGGUAGAGAGGCAGAGCGAAACAAAUAUAUAGAAAAACAAGCGUGAAAAAGAAAGAGGGAGAAAGGAAGAGAGAGAGAGAGAGAGAG